AUGGCGCAGGUGUCUUUGAGCAUUGCCGACCUGGGGAACAUUUGCAUCCACCUGUCCAGCUUCCUGCGUAGUUCCGAGAUCGCCAGCUCCGAAGAAGCUGGGAUUUGUUCCAAGGAUGUCACAAGAUUCUUAUGGCGCAAAGCCGCAAUGGCCCAUCUUGCACAUAUUCCCAUAUGGGGUCCUUCGGGGAAUUCCGUCAUCCAACAGCUGUUGGAUUCCGGUGUGCAGGGCAAAGCCUUUCUGCGAGAAUUGCGGCUUCUGAGACAAGCUGUCUUUCCUCCGAAGUCUUGGUGCCCUGCAAUUCAAGAGACAUCUUUCAGCAUCCUGAAGGUGCUGCCAUGCACGCAGGCGGAAGAUACGGACAGCCACGCCCAGCGAGACGCUCUGGUUCCGGUGGAGGCUGCGGUGCCUUUGGCCACAGGCACCAGGCUUGGACAGCCACUUGCGGCGGGCAUGGAGCUGAAGGCUGCCAACGACGAGAGCUUGAAGGCCGAGGAUGUGAGCUCCGGCUUCUGCCUUGGGGUGGAGAUCUGCUCCAACCCCGCAGAUGACCGCAGCAUGUCGGUGAUGUUUGCUCCUUUUGCGGGGCUUUGCUACAUGCAGUACGGCGGCGAAAGAUGUGUGAUGUCUGCGACAGUCCUCCCACCGGUUGAGGGAACAGUGUCAGCUCUGCGUGCCUGGGUUCAAGUCACUGAAGAGGGCGGCCUUUUCUUUUUGCGACAAGACCCACAGUCGGCAAAGAUCGAGGAGACGGGCCUCAUUCCUAAAGAAGCCCUUCCUUCGUGGAAAUCAGAGUUCUUCGCUUGUAUGUAUUUUUGGCGAGAUCAUCUGUUGACACCCAUCACGUCAACUGUGAUCCAUUCCGAGAAGAUGCUUCCGGGUGACUUGCCGGAGCUGGAAGGAUCUCACAUCGAGGUUGAUGUGAGGCUCUUAUCGAGGCUAGCUCUAAUUGCUUACAAUGGUGUGUUGCGGGAAGAUGCUUCUGUUUGUUCAAGUUUGGAUAGCUGCUAUGAGUUGCAGAUACUUGCAGAUGGUGUUCAGUUUUGCGCCCUGCGACAGUUCUACUUGACCUUCAUUCUGCACCCGACAGGUCCUGAGAGGCAGCCUUUGAAUGCCACGACUCUGAUGGAAGUGUUUCGGGACGAUGAUGCAGACGCCGACGUUUUCCCGCGAGAGGAGCAACAGAAAGAGCUGCAGGAUCUCCCCGAACCGGGGAGAUUCACUGUUCUGCUGCAGGGGCGGUGGCGGGCUUCUUGGUUCGAUUUGUUCACAGACAAGAGGACAGGAAGCUGUGCACUUGCCUCGGCUGCUUUGUACCAGCUGCAGCCACCAUUUCUACAUUUCCCCAGAGUCAAAGGAUGGCAGCCGAGCCUCUCAGCGACAGUCGCCAGCAGUGGUGGCCACCUCAGCUUCUUCAUGAGCGCUUUCUUGCUGUAUGGCCGGAAGCCAGGUCAAAAGCUCUGCUACCAGAUGAGGCAGGCGGAUGGUACUGGUUUGGAUCUGCAUUUCGAAAGCUCCCUGAAGGCCGCCCAGCCGCAAAGUGUCUCCAAAGCUGAGAACGAGUGGGAGCAGCGUGCGGAAGUAGUGUUUGGUCCACGUGCCCAAGCAAAGUAUCUCAACUUCAGCUUGCCGGUGGGAGUUGCCUUGGGCGCGGUCGUUUCCUCCAGGCUCUGCGGAUGGCUGCUGGAAGCUCGGACCCUCCACCGGAAAGUCGGCGCUUUGAGUGGCCAGGCGAUGCGGGCAUGGAGCAGCGAGAGCCUUGAUUCGCAUGCCUUGCAUGCUUUGCAUUCCUCGCCACCGUCCUUACACAGUGCCGAAGGUGGUUUUGAGGGCUGCGCCUACAUGGGAUGGCAGUGGUUCCUUCUGAUAUGCCUAGACUCGCAGACGAAGGGCGGGAAGAAUUCGCCUGAGCAGACCAAGGUUGGCGACGGCAUGAUAGACUUUCAUGGUUGCGGCAGAGAUCUGAUCCUUGGACGCUGCGCGGUGCCUCGAGACCAGCAGUUAUGCCGGCCACGAAAUUGCGCAUAA